UGAAUGAAUCCGUUCAUUGUUUUUGAGUGAUCCACAAAAAUGAAGGCUACUGCAAAAACGACGACUACUCCGUUACAGAAUCUGAUUCUAAGAUCUACGGCCUUUGCGUUUUUCCUGACUUCGUUAAUUGUAAUGUUAAAGAGCAAGACAAGAUCUAGCCAUGGCAGCACAAAAGACCUGGAAUACCGUUUCACUGACUACAAACCCUUCAGAUUUGUUGUGGCUGUCGAUUUGUUAGGCUGUUUGUAUUCCUUCAUGAGAGUUAUUCAAAUACUGAGUGGAAUCACAGGAGGGUUUUGUUUCUACCUCAGCUGCAUCGUUGAUCAGGUUAUGUCGUAUAUAAUUUUAUCGAGUGUAUCAGCGGGCAUAGGAUGCAUAAUGUUAACAAAAGAAUUUCUUCAAGACGGGAAUCUGUACGGUGCGGCAGCCAAAAAGUUUCUGAGAUUUGCAUUAGCUUCUGUGUGUGUGGAGGUUUUAGGGUUUUUUAUUAUAGCAUUUUGUGCAGUGAUAUCGGGGUACAAUCUUUCCUGUUACUUGUCUUCACCGACUGUGAGUACUGUGUCUAGCGAAGAAACCCCUGAUUGUAAAACUGAUACAAAGCAGCAAAGCAAUGCCUGCUAGGAAUCAUUCAUCUAAUGUCUGUAUAAUUGUAAGAAGCACUUUAUGCCAAGAAGUAUUUCACACCAUUUGUAUC